UCUCUACCAGACAUGGACAAGAUUCUGAAGUUGCCGCUGCACUGACGUAACCUUCCUCAAACCUGCGGUCUCCAUGGAAACAGGAUGAGUCAGCGCCACCUACUGGGCUCUGAAAAUUAGGUCACAGUUCCAUGAAGCCUCACUGACCCUUCACUACGAGUGCCCCUCAAGAGGCUGUGGCAUCAGGAGGCUUGGAAAGAUGCAGUGGUGUUUCCUCUGCAACCUGCUUCUUCUGGCUCUGCCAUGCUGGGGUUUCCUGCCCAACUUCUGGUCCCAAGUCUUGACGCUCGCCUGGGACUCACGCACACACCAGUACCUCACAGAGAGAGCCAUUCUUAAUGUCACCCUGGAGACUCUGAGAGCAUCCGGGACACCAGAGAACCAGGCCAGAAUGGGUCGGGGUUUCUGGAGAGCGGUUGGGGAGGUGGCCAAGUCCAACGCAGCCAUGGACUUUCUGAGUUCCACCAGAUCCGAUCCGGUCUACCACUUUGACUCUGAACAAGUGGAGAGUGCCACUGUCAUGCUGCGGCAGUUUUGGGCUCACACGCUGCUGUCGGUGCGGGCCAACCAGUACGCUCGGGCCCGCUCCAGUCUGGGCCAGCUGUUUCACUCUCUGCAGGAUUUCUACAGCCACAGCAACUGGGUGGAGAUGGGCCAGCGCUUUAUCUACCUCCACCUGCUGCAUCCUGAGGAGGCGGCUGUUCCUCUCGCUGAAAGGGACACUCCCACUUGUAUGGAAUGUUUUAGCGCCACCUGCCGGAACAACCUCCACCCAGGUCUGACCAACAGGGAACAAGGCUACCCCCUGCUGACCACGGGCUACUUCAGCUCCUCCCCGCCCAAACCUGAAGGUAAAUGUAGUCACGGAGGGGUCCUGGACGGAAGUCGCACCAUGGGAGCCAGAGGCGGCAUCAAUAAGGACAGCACCGCCCCGCUCUUCUCGCCUCACCACUACCUUCACCAGGUCGCUGCCGGCCUGGCUGAGGAGGCCACGGCGGCGGUGCUGAGGGACCUCCGGGACACAGUUGGGGUUCAACCCUUUCUCAGGCUCUUCAGUGUGAAGCAGGUCCCGGCCCUGGUUUUCGUGCUGGACACCACCGGCAGCAUGUUCGAAGAGAUCACAGCCGCUCGCCUCAGGGCCCAUUCCAUCAUCCAGAGUCGAGCCAGUGGACCUGAGCGACUUGGCACCUUCCUGCUGGUCCCCUUUCAUGACCCGGAGGUGGGACCAGUGUACGAAACCGAGGACCCCUCACAGUUCAUGGAGUACAUGGAGAAUCUGAUGGCACUGGGAGGAGGAGACGAACCAGAGAUGUGUCUCUCUGCCAUCCAGUUGGCGCUCACUCACAGCCCGCCGUUGUCGGAGAUCUUCGUGUUCACAGAUGCGUCACCCAAAGACGCUCACUUGUUCGACGUGGUGAAGGCUCUGGCUCUGGACAAGCAGAGCAAGGUGACGUUCCUUUUAACGGAAGACCCCAAAUACACCACAGAAUCCCGAGGGAGGAGGAGGAGGAGGAAGAAGAGAGGCCUUUCCCCAAAUCGCUUCGACCUCUAUUCCUCUCUGUCCGCUGCUUCAGGAGGACUGACCAUCUUCACCAGCAACUCAGACAUCCACAGAGUCUCCAGCAUCGUGGAGGACAACACAGCUGCUGACAAGGUCACUCUCCUUCACGUGGAAUCUGAGGAGGAUUCAACGUCGCUCCACUCCUUCAGAGUUGACAGCUCAGUAACGGACGUCACCCUGCACAUCGCUGGUGUCCUCAGAGAAAGUGUCCUGACUGAUCCGUCAGGCCAGACUCAGUCACUGCUGAGCCCAGGAGGCACCCUGGCUGUCUGUCAGCAGUUUGAAGGUUUGCACCGCAUUCAUCUGCUUCCUCCCAUCCAGCCAGGGCCGUGGAGUCUGAGGGCCAAGUCUGACGGACGCAUCACAUUCAGCGUGAUCGCCAACAGCAGUGUGGAUUUCUUCUACUACUUCGCCACUGUGACCAAUGAGACUCAUCCUGGACUAGCAAGGGUGGAGGGCAGCCCUAUAGCAGGUACGUCUGCCUUCCUGGUUCUGUCAGUGACAGGCCUGAAUCGGGACACGACCUUCAGUCACGUGACGCUGCUGGGCUCCGAGGAGCAGAGCCUCGAGCAGGUCUUUUUAAACUCCUCGUCCAUGGCGUCGCCAUCGGUGGAGGAGCUUGUGGGCUGGGUGGAAUCUAUCCCAAGAGUGCCCUUCAGUGUCCGACUGACCGGGCGUGACGGCCGAGGGAACAGGCUGGAGCGGGUGGCCGCUGAGAUGAUACACCCCACGCAUGUGCAGAUACAGGUAUCGUCCGUCCCUCUUUUGGUACCUGGUCACAGUACCACAGUGGACUUUGACAUCACGAACCACGGACCGGAACGACUUUUCAGUCUGACCGCGGACGACGACUGCGGAUAUUUACACACCACAGGUCCUCACAGGUUUCCUGUUGGGGAGCGCGAGCAGUUCCACGGCCAGGUGGGGCUCCACACUCCAGCUGGCGCUCGCGCCGGCGCCACCGUCACGCUCACCCUGACAGUUCAAGCUCUCAACUCAGCGGACGGCAACUACGCAGUGGUCUACCUGCCUGUGGUUCCACCGGACCCUGACACCUCCCCUCCCUCCUGCACUGCUGCUCUGCUGGACUCCUCGUGCGCCGCCUCUUGCACCAACUCUACAUGGAGUGUAUCAGUGGCUCUGUCAGACAGGGGGCGCUCUGGUCUGGCUGCCCUCCAGCUCCAGAGAGGUGACGGGGUGCUCACCCGCUUCAGCGGCCUUGCUCCCACCCGGCAGGAGGGAGGGACUGAGGAACGUGAGGUGCGACUGGAGAGCGGAGACCCCCCCCUGAACCUCUCGCAGUGGGCCUCCUCUCAGCCCCUGUGGCUCACCUACACCUCCAGCUGCUGCUCCCGUCGGGCGGAGCUGCUGGUUUGGGACUCGGCCGGGAACAUGAAGCGCUGCCAUCUGACAUCGGAGCAGCUGAGCGACAGAGGAACUGACGCCAACAGAGCCCGGCCCGUCAGCACCACCAGAGCGCUCUUGUUUAUAAUACUGUUCUUCUUUGAUAAAGAUUGA